AUGCUGCGGAGACAGAGCUGGGCGCUGGUGCUGGCCGUGGGCAUCACCCUCGGCUUCAGCCUCUCUGUGCUGUGGAGGCUUCAGAGCCCUGAGGCCACGGGGAUGGACGCAGAGCAGUGCCGGGAGCUGGGGCAGGAAAAGAGCCAGCGCGUCCUCCCCGUGAGGCUGGACGAGGCCUGGAUCUGGAGGCGGCUGAAGCUGGUGCAGAGCUGCCCCUGGGCGCAUAACGCCGGCGCCCUGGGCCGGUACAGGGAGCAGCUGGGGCACUGCUGUAACGCGUCGGCCGACCUGGUGCUGACCCGGGACAACACCCCGCUGGGCUCCCGGAUCGUCUGCGACGGACAGCCGGCCAAGAAGCUGCUGGUGCAAGAGGCGCUGCUGGAGAUCCUGCCGCAGGGCUCCCCGUUUCAGGGCGCCCCCUACGACAGCUGUGCCGUGGUGGGGAAUGGGGGGAUCCUCCAUAACAGCGGCUGUGGCCCCGAGAUUGACCGCGCCCAGUUCGUCAUCAGGUUCAAUCUGCCCCCCAUGGGCUUUUCCGAGCAUGUGGGCACCAAAUCGAGCGUUAUCACCGUGAACCCCAGCAUCCUGGUUUUACGGUUCAGGGGUCUGAGCCGCUGGCGACGGCCCUUCGUGGAGGCGAUGGGCACCUAUGGGGCCCCGCUGCUCCUCAUCCCAGCUUUCAGCUUCAUCGGCUUCACCGCGGUCUCGUCCCAGGCACUCUACACCCUGGAGGACUUUGGCUCCCUGGCCCGCGCCGUCUUCAUGAACCCCGAGUACCUGGCGGGGCUGGACGGGCACUGGCAUCGCCGUGGCCUGCGCGCCAAACGCCUCUCCUCGGGCUUCAUGCUGGUGAACGCCGCCCUGGAGCUGUGCCAGCACCUCACCCUCUACGGCUUCUGGCCCUUCCCCACCGACCCCGAGGGGCGGCCCCUGUCCCACCACUACUACGACAACCAGCCCUCCAAGCCAGGCGUUCACGCCAUGCCCGAUGAGUUCACCCGCUACCUGGGCAUGCACCUGCAGGGCGCGCUGCGGCUGCAUCUGGGGCGCUGCCAGGAGGGCCCGGCCGGCGGCCGCGCACAACAAGGCUCGGAGGGGGGGGUCUGA